AUGAUGCAUCGGCGCCGCCCCUGACCUCUCUCCCCUGUCUGUGAAGCGCAGCGUGCGGGUGAAUGAUGGCUGCCUCGAAGCCUGUGGACCCGCAGUCUGGCAGCGGGUUGCCCCGCUGGCAGCUUGCGCUUAUGGUCGGAGCCCCUAUUCUCCUGGGAGCUGGUGCGAUGUACUUAUGGAACCGCAGUCGCAGGAAGGAGGCACUAAGCAAGGGCAACUGCGAGAGAAAAACUCCGGAGGGCCGGGCCAGCCCCAUGCCAGGGCACACUGACGGCAAGCAGCCCGAGGAGACGAGUCCUCUUGAUAAGGCACAAGCAGCAAAAAAUAAAGGCAACAAGUAUUUUAAAGCUUCCAGAUACGAUUCUGCAAUCCAGUGCUACACAGAUGCCAUCAAUCUAUGUCCACCUGAUCAGAAAUCAGAUCUCUCCACUUUCUACCAGAACAGAGCUGCUGCUUAUGAGCAACAGCAAAAGUGGAAACAAGUUGUAGAGGACUGUACACAAGCAGUAGAGCUAAAUCCAAGGUACAUCAAAGCUCUGUUUCGUAGGGCAAAGGCAUAUGAACGUCUGGACAACAAGAAACAGUGCCUGGAAGAUGUGACAGCCGUUUGUAUCCUUGAAGCAUUCCAGAAUCAACAGAGUAUGCAUUUGGCAGACAAAGUACUCAAACAGCUUGGGAAGGAAAAGGCCAAAGAAAAAUACAAGAAUCGAGAACCUUUGAUGCCAUCUCCACAGUUCAUCAAGUCCUACUUCAGCUCCUUUACAGAUGACAUAAUUUCUCAGCCGCUCUUGAAGGGAGAGAAGGCAGAUGAAGACAAAGACAAGGAAGGUGAAGCUGCUGUAGUUAAAGAAAGGUCGGGUUACCUUAAGGCUAAGCAGUUCAUGCAGGAGGAAAACUAUGAUAAAAUCAUCACUGAAUGUACUAAAGAAAUAGAUUCACAUGGGAAGUACACUGCUGAAGCACUAUUACUGAGAGCUACUUUUUAUCUUUUAAUUGGCAAUGCCUCAGCUGCUAAGCCGGAUCUUGACCAGGUCAUCAGUAUGGAGGAUGCCAAUGUCAAGCUUCGUGCAAAUGCUCUUAUAAAACGAGGAAGCAUGUACAUGCAGCAACAGCUACCUGUACUAUCUACACAAGAUUUCAACUUGGCAGCUGAAAUUGACCCUCACAAUGCUGAUGUUUAUCAUCACCGAGGCCAGCUCAGAAUCCUGUUGGAUCAGGUAGAAGAAGCAGUUAGUGAUUUUGACAAAUGCAUUCAGUUAAGGCCAGACUCAGCUUUAGCACAAGCACAAAAGUGCUUUGCUCUGUAUCGUCAGGCAUAUAAUGGAAAUAAUCUUUCUCAAGUUCAGUCUGCCAUGACUGGCUUUGAAGAUGUCAUUAAAAGGUUCCCAAAAUGUGCUGAAGGCUAUGCGCUUUAUGCACAGGCUUUGACAGAUCAGCAGCAGUUUGGAAAAGCUGAUGAAAUGUAUGAUAAGUGCAUCGAACUUGAACCUGACAAUGCUACAACCUAUGUUCACAAAGGACUGCUACAGCUUCAGUGGAAACAAGACCUUGAUAAAGGAUUAGAGCUGAUCAGCAAAGCCAUUGAAAUAGACAACAAGUGUGACUUUGCUUACGAAACAAUGGGAACGAUUGAAGUUCAAAGAGGUAACCUGGACAAGGCAAUUGAAAUGUUCAACAAAGCUAUAAACCUUGCCAAGUCAGAAAUGGAAAUGUCCCACUUGUACUCCCUCUGCGAUGCUGCCUACGCCCAGACUGAAGUGGCUAAGAAAUACGGAUUGAAGCCUCCAACUCUUUAACGCAGCAGUCAUAUAUUCCUCCUACUUGGCUAUUGCUAGGGCCUGAAGAGUUUUCAUUUCUUUUGUAAAAGCUGUGUUGGAUAACUACAUGUGUAUUGUGAUUCUGUAAUUUGGUUGACAUUUCCUUGGGCGUUAAGGUAACUAAAGUAUUGCAAAAGGCUCAAAUUUACAUGCAGGGGGAGCAAAAGUAUGUCUUUAGAUUAUUCAUGAUUAUUCAGUCAGUCAGGACUGGUCUCUAAGGGUGUCAUGUGAUCUUGCAUCAGUUGUUUCUUGUUAUCCUCCCAACCCAGCUGCUCCACUGCAUCACGAUGUAGGGGUUGCUGUACCUGAAUCUUUCAUACACAAUUUUUUUGUGUGAGUCAUCUGAUGGAGUACUCAUGUUACCUUUACAAACACAUUCUUACCCAUCUAUAAUCAGUUCAAUUUUCUGUCUAUCUGCACUAUUCAUAUAAUAUGUGUUGUAUACUCUUUAUCAGCCAGUACUAGAAAUGUUUCAUUGCCAGCCAGUUCACUUUUGAAAUUGUCUAGCAUUUGUGGGCCUAUGGCUAGUUGUCCUGAUCAAACAUGCUAACCAUUACAAAUAACUUGGUGUAGUCUGGAUACCUGGAUCUUGACUAACACCUUAUAUUUGGCUACAACAAGCUUUCCUCUGUAAAGCUGACAGAUACAUGGCGUCUUUUAAAAGAAGUCCAUCUUGUAAUGCUGUAGACUGCCAGGGCUAACUAAGAAAGCAUCACCGAGCCUGUCAACUUUUUUUUUUCUCCUCCCCCCCCCACCCCUUCUCAUUCCCCUUGCUCAUUUUAUCCUUGUGAGGACCGGAAAAUGCUGUCUGCAUGGGAGCUUUUUUUUAAAUGGUUGGGGGAGAAUGUUAGGCUAUUCAAAAGUUUUUUGUUUUUGUUAUAAUUUCUUUUUAUAUUCUGUACAGCAUGAGUGGGAUUAUUUUUUCUUUCUUAAUAAAUAUUAAUAUAAUUGUGUUGUAAACUUGUUGGAUAUUACUGUGAAAUUCAUCAGAUUGAAUUAUACAAGAAAUACAAAGAGAAUCAUUCAACAUAUGUGUUUGUCUGAAGCUGUUAACGAAUAAGGUGAAUGAGUCAUUGUGUGCUUUAAUGUUGUUGUAUUACAUAAAAAAAUCAAAAAAUCAGUCAAAAUGUGUAACUGACCUGGCUGAAAACACAGCGCUAAGGACCACAUAAUAAAGUCUAAAACCAUACUAUGCAAAAUAAGAUGAAAUUCCACUCUCAAAAAAAAUCCUGGCAUGUGUAAUUCAUGUCUGUCCAUUAAGAAUUACAGAUAUAUGAGGAAUGAGACACUUCUCUAGGCUUUCAUGCUGGUUUGGUGUGUGGUUGCUUUAGAAUCCUUCGAAGUGGUAGAAGUUGAUUUCCUUUGCUUUGCCAUUCCAGUUGUUGCUUUUCAGAUUUGGAAUAACAUGAAACUUGUAAUGAGUAUGUUGUUGCUGUAAGGAUUCUUUUCCAGUCUUUUUCCUUUACAACAUAAGAUAUUGACUGUUGGAGGAAGAUUAAUUAAAUGUAUUCUAAUUAAUAUGCAGUUUUAGCCAUGUAAAUCUUUUAAUAAUUUCUCCUGUCUGAUUAAAAAGUAAGGUCUAGACUUUCUUUGUAAAGAAAGCAAUUGCUGUUUUCUCCUAAUCUUGCUGCUCUAAAUUUGAGAUGUUUUAAGAAGGCAACUAUGCUUGCUUAAUGAUACUUUUGAUUAAAUUACAUAGUAUCUUUUUUCCUUCUCUGCAUUUACUAGCUGAUUUGUAUGUGGACCAGGUAAAAGGUACAGGGUGGGAUUUUUACAUGAGUGGUGUUGCACGGCUUUCUUAUAUUUAAAAAAAAAGAGGAACUGGCACUCUUACAUAUUUAUAAAUAGAUCUAAUUGUAUACCUUCAAGCUGUUUCACUACUUUUUACUUCCUGGUGAUCAGUCUAAACACUAAAUACAAAUAAUUAAAAAUCAAAAAGGUUACUUUAUUAUAUCUGGUCCUCCACAGUGCAGGGGAGGUUGCUGAAAUGUUCAGUUUUGAAUUAAAAAAGUGGUAGCAAUCACUCCUGAGCCAACAGGAAAAUGUGGUGCAACUACUAUAUGUUCAAGAAAUUAAUGUAACAUGCAAGAGUAAAUGUAAUGGUACAGGAAAUCAUAUAUCUCUGAACACGAAGAAAUCAUACCAGUAAGCAACUGCCAGAAGUACCCCUUCCCUUCCUUUUGUUGCUCAGACUCACUGCAGCCGUCAUACUUCUUCUUUCUUUCCAUUAGCAGACUCUGAUGUUUAAUUAUUCAAACCAUUAUAAGAAGCUUGAAUAAUUAAACAUUAGAGCCAGUUUUAUAAAGUACCCACCUCAAGUUUAGAUAUGCAGAGUAGAGUGAAGUGUGACAAGUAUGAUGAAUUGUGCCAAGCAGGUUAUAAAUGUCUUUGAUGAUUAGCCAAAGAUAAGUAAGUAGGUCUUUUUUUUCUUUAAAGGAAGGCAACUAUUUGCUCCAAUGGAUGCCCCUUUUGUUGUUUUAUUUUUUUAAUUAGCUUUUAAGAGAAUUUAUUGGGGUCAGUGUGCAUGUGCAUAUGUGUGUCAGGGUGGCCUGAAACUUCUCCCUAAACAGUGUGGGGCUCUACAAGGUAACUGCAUGUUCUCUAACCUCGUCUCAUGAACAAUUGCCUGUUGCAACCACCUGCACUGAAGAUUUUUGUGUCUUUUGUAAAUGGAUUAUAACAAUGUAAAUUGAGCAAAUAAAAAGAACAAUCUGGUCAA